GACGGAAUUCCGCAAUCCGCUCAGCACUCCAGCGCCAUCACAGGACAGAGUCUCUGUGUGUAACAAUUGACGAAAAGUAUCACAAAACGAAGUUUCAUCAUCCUUUCGUGUGCCGUGUUGAUUCGCGCUGGUGUGGCCAUGGCCAAAUGCGGUUUAUCGUAACCGGAACGAAGAUUGAAUUGUUCGAAGCGAGACACGUUUGGUGCGAAUAAAUCCUCGUUCUUGCGUCACCCGGAGAAAAGGGCCGGACAAAACGCACCGGGAACACGCGCCCAUGUGCUUGCGUAAUUACGUAACGGAACUGUCAAGGCGCCUCGCUCGAGAUCCAUUCUUUGAAUUUCGUUCAAAGAAUUAGAUUUGUUCCGCAUGAAUUGCUCUCACAUUAACAUUGCAUCGCUUUUGUAGGCGACGCAGCAAUAAAAGGUAAAAGAAAACGAACGAAGUGCAUCGUUUGGGGCUGAUAACAAGAGACGGAACACUGCUGCCUGCGCUAACGCGAUGGCGGCAGCACAAGCAACAAGCGGCACCAGCAUUAGCGUGUCCGAUCAGCGUAAGCUGAUGGAAAUCCUGCUCGAAACGGAACGUGUUGCCGACCGGAUUCUGAGCAAUCGGCAGGAACUGGUGCAGCUGGACCAGCGCCGUCAGGAUAUACGGGAGGCGUUGCGGUUGAUCGAGCAACACUUUCCUACCGAAAGCCCACGGUCCGUGCGCCUGUGGAUCACGAUCGGUUCGAUGCUGGUGAAGCAAGACCGACAGGAGGCGAUCGAGUUGUUGCGUAAAGACCAGCGCACAACGGAGACCGAAAUCGAGAGGCUGCGAGCCGAACAGAAAGUGCUCGUGUCCCGGCAGCGGGAUCUCGAACACGACCGGCCACUGCGGGGGUUCGAUUUGAAGCCGCUCACCAGAGCGGAAAUUUCAGGCAUUCGUUCGAACCUUCCCGGAUUUUAAGAUCUAACUUUAAGGCGCAAUCAGUGGUGAUAACAUACUGGAUUUCUCUCUCUUUCUGGUGCACCCUAUCGAUGUAAAUUGGCGGUCGAAUAAAGACAAAUAUCAC